UCACACCACAAAGAGAGAGAAGCAGAGAAAGCAAGUGGCCCAGCAGCCUCCAGGGAAUAAGGGCAUCUCUCGCCUCCUUUUCUGGAUGGACACUCCCUUCUAAUGGUAAAUGGAAACUCCCUUUCUCAGCAGGCUACUUGCAGCGUCCUGGGAGCCCAGAGUGACUGCAGCAGCUGCCACUACCCCAGAAAGAAAGGCUCCCACAACAGAGACAGAGAACUGCAGUAAUCCUGAGGUUCAGACAGCCGGCUGGAGAGACAGCCUCGGCACAGGGACCGUGAUACACAGAGCAAAGGCCACCAAGUGGAUCCCAUCACCCUCGUGAGCAAGUGGAGGGAGGAGAGUCCCCAGCCUGCCGGCUCUUCAGUCUGAUGACCCCUUGACAACUGUGUGACCACAGCUGAGCUUUCCUGGGAGCUUUCGAUUCCUUCCUGCAAGUCCCACCACCGGUCGCCACUGAGCCAUGGCUGAAGGAGAAAUCACCACCUUCUCAGCACUGACCGAGAGGUUUAAUCUGCCUCCAGGAAACUACAAGAAGCCCAAACUGCUCUACUGCAGCAACGGGGGCCAUUUCUUGAGGAUCCUUCCGGAUGGCACAGUGGAUGGGACAAGGGACAGGAGCGACCAGCACAUUCAGCUGCAGCUAAGUGCGGAAAGCGCGGGCGAAGUGUAUAUAAAGGGUACGGAGACGGGCCAGUACUUGGCCAUGGACACGGAUGGCCUUUUAUACGGCUCGCAGACACCAAAUGAAGAGUGCCUGUUCCUGGAAAGGCUGGAGGAAAACCAUUACAACACUUACACAUCCAAGAAGCACGCAGAGAAGAACUGGUUUGUGGGCCUCAAGAAGAACGGGAGCUGCAAGCGUGGUCCUCGGACUCACUACGGCCAGAAAGCAAUCUUGUUUCUCCCCCUGCCAGUAUCUUCUGACUAGAGGGGUCUGUCUGGGUGCUCCCUAUUUUGGUUGACCCUAAAAUGUUCCCUUGACCAUUGGCUGCUCUAACCCCCAGCCCACAGAGCCUGAAUUUGUAAGCAGUGCUUCUAAAUAACCAGUUCAGUUUUCUGCUGAGUCCUUUCUCCGCCAGCACAGUUUGGAACAGGACCAAAUUGCUUCCAUGGGUCAACUGGCUGGUCAGUCUAGGUCUGGGUUUAGAUAUCCGGUUGCCUCAGGGCACCUGCUGCAGGCUGGACCUCAGGGCACAAAGAUGGGGCCAUGCGAAGCAUCCAAAUGGGUCUGAGAAGUUGGUCCUUGGUAGUUCCAUGCUCUUUCCCCUACUGAGUGAGCCCUGGUUUGAGUACCCCAGGCACCUAGUAGGUCUACCCUUCCCCCUGCCAGCACCCCAUAAAUAUCACAGUGAGACUGGAGGAAUUCCAUGAUAGAGACAGAAACCCCACCCCAUGCACAAACAGGACUUAAAAACCUAAAGGAGUGGUAUUUCCAUGGACAUCCUAGAAGCAUGGGAUCUCAGCACAGAGUAAGAAGGCAAGGCUCAGCCCACAGUCAUUACCAAGUUACCAAGGAAACAUUACAGUCCUGAUGGUUUCAGCACAGUGAUCUAGCGGCAAGAGAGAGGCGUAGGGGCGGUGUGACAGGGAAGGUACUUUGAGCUGUGGCUGCUAGCCUCUAAGGAGGAAGAUGUUAGACUGAGGAGAAGGAAAGAGAAAGUGAAUCAUGAUAUGGCGUGCUUGGCCACCAGAGACAGGGGCCCCCAAAUCCUACGUCACACGGAUCACCUGAGGAUCUGGUCUGAAUAUAAACCCAGGUCCUGCAGAUGCUGCUGUCCUCCCUGCCAGGCUUUCAAGAGCAGAAAGUGUUAUUCAAACAAAGGAUGCUCACACCUCACCCUCCCCUGCCCCCAUUGUCUGAGUGUCCCCGAACAUUCAGGCAGUGCCCAUGGAGUUAAGCAUGGUUUUAAGGCACCGUGGCCCAGUGCCUAUGAAAUGCCCACUUAGAAGACAUAGAAAGCAUACUUCAAAAAAAAAAAAAGCUAAACCUCACCAAUAGCUUCUCCCAAGAGACCAUUUCUGUUACCAUUAUUUCUCCAAACAGGCCUCCUCUCGAAGUAAACUUGGCCCAAGUGGCUGGCAAAUUAGAAACACGAUUCAUCUCUGGCAUAUGACACAGACGCCAUUUUGACACACUGUGAGGCUUUAUGCUUUCGUAUGUUUGAAGGAAUUAAAUGGAUUCGCAUUCAGCCACAGAGACUGAUAAUCACUGCAUAGUAGGUAUACGCUACUCAGUUACCUAACAUGCUACGUUUCUCAUGCGGCUUUUCUUCUCUGUCUUCUACUGUGCUUUAGAAACGGGUGUCUAGGGGCUGGUGGGAUGGCUUAGAGCUUCAGAGCACAUACUGCUCCAGCGAAGGAUAGGAGUUCAGUUCCCAGCACUCACAUCCAGAUGCUCAGACAUGGUUCUAACUCUAACUCCAGGGACCUGGUGUCCCCUUCUGGCCUCCAGGCACAUGUACAGUAAAUAAAUCCACACUCAGACAUGCACGCCAUUUUUUUUUUCAUCUAAAGCAAUGAUAUGGUUGGUGGCUGUGGAUUAGAACCAAUGACAGUGCUCACUUGUUUGAUAAGGAUCUAGAGGAAUUAUUCCCUGGCGGGAUCCUGCUAACUACACUGUCACAUUUAGGAUGGGAGGCGAGUGAUGAAACUCUGAGAGUUCAAACUGCAAAUGGAGGGACUGAACUGAGUUAUUGACAAAGAGGUAAUGAUAACGCUCGGCCAGGUGUGGUGGCACACACCUUUAAUCUCAGUACUCAGGAGGGUGUCUGUAAAACUGAGUCCAGCCUGGUCUACACAGCCAGUUCUAGGACAGCCAGGGGCAUAGAGAGAGACCCUGUCUUUAAAAAAAAUAGUAAUAAUCAUAACAAUGUUUUUGCUUUUUUACAAUAAGAUGAUUCAUGACUUUUUUUUUAGUCUAUGACUUGGAUAAGAUGAUUCUGUUUUGUUUUAGUAAAUCUCAGGCACACUGAGAAUGAUACAGUACAGUUUACCAUGUCUUUAUCUGAAGAUUUGGCCAGUAAAAGUACACAGAGAAGAAAUCUAUGAUAUUUAGAAUAGUCAGUAGUUUUAUUAUAUAAACCAAACUCAAGUAUAACAUUGGCGAAGUCAAAUUGAAAACCACUAUACCACAUCAAUGAGAUGGCGUCUGUGACUUCAGAGAAUCAAAGCAUGGCUGUGCAUUGUGGCCUCAACCAUCAACCAAGGCACCACCCAUGUGUUUGCUCAGUAGAUACUGCAGGCCCAGUGUGUGUCGGGCAUUGGAUAGUGUCCCCUGGGACCAUGCCUGCCUGUUAUCCUCUCCCUGGGCAUGCAUUUAUGAAGAGAGAUGUUGUGGAUUCAUUUCUUUCAGUCAAGUAAAAACCCAGACUACACAGAUUCCUACUGAAUCAAUGAGUCAAUAGUACAUUCUAGAAGCCCCCAGUGGUAAAGUAAUAGGGGACAAACCUAACGAAGUAAACCCAGGACUUUCCAUGUUAGCCCUGUGUCUGCCUCACAGGAGGGGUCUAGUUUCAAAUUGGGAAAAGAGCUGUCGGAUCUUGUAGAAAGGGAGCAGUACGCCCGUCCCUGUGCUGUUUAGAAUAUUGACUUGGGAACAUUCGGUUGUGCACUCUCUUCCAUAAACUAUGCCUCGAAGCCAUCUGCCUGUCACGUGCCUCUCACAUGCACUCAGUUCCAAGCUGGCUGUGACAAGGCCUCCAACACUCCCUGCAAAGUAUGAGGAGCAUAUGGGCUUUUGACAGUAACAUACCAAAAAUAGAGCUGGGUGUUUCCCCCAGUGGCCAGCAGUGUGUCCAUACAAAAAACUAACUGGUACAUCAGCUGCCACGGAAGAUGAGGCCCCUGCUUUGCACUGAAGGCGUGAAGCCCAAGAGCUCUGCAGAGAGCACCCCCUAAAGUAACCACAGUCCCUGGCUGCAGAGCAGGCUCUGAUGAAGAUGCCCUGACACUGUUUACCCCACCCCCCACUAUAUCACACUCUGCAACUUAUAGAUAUCAAUAAAUGUUUAUGUUAAUGGG